AUGGCGUCAGGUGGCUGGCGCUGGGUCCGCGGCUUGUGGACCUUUGGGAAACCUCUGUUCCAGGGCCGGGCGCUGCUGGUCACCAACACUGUAGGCUGCGGCGCGCUCAUGGCAGCCGGGGACGGCGCUCGUCAGACCUGGGAGAUUCGUUCCAGGCCUGGCCAGAGGUUCAACCCGCGGCGCUCGGCAAGCAUGUUUGCCAUGGGCUGCAGCAUGGGCCCCUUCCUGCACUACUGGUACCUCUGGCUGGACCGCCUGUACCCCGCCUCCGGUCUCCGCAGUCUUCCAACCGUCCUCAGGAAGGUCCUGGUGGACCAGCUGGUGGCCUCGCCCAUGCUAGGUGUUUGGUACUUCUUUGGCCUUGGCUGGCUGGAGGGCCAGACGCUGGAUGAGAGCAUCCAGGAGCUUCAGGACAAGUUCUGGGAAUUCUACAAGGCUGACUGGUGUGUUUGGCCCCCUGCACAGCUGGUGAACUUUCUCUUCGUACCCUCUCAGUUCCGGGUCACCUACAUUAACGGUGUGACCCUUGGCUGGGACACAUACCUCUCCUAUCUGAAGUACCGGUCCUUGCCCAGCCGCCUCUGGCCUGUGUCUGAUGUUGAUGUGACCUUGGCCAGGUGCCUGCCGUGUCUGUGGAGGGGGGCUGACCCCAGGCAGAGGACAGAUGGACGACGCUCGGUGAGAAGGUCCAGAGAGAUGAGCCAGGCACGUGGUGUGAUGACCGAGCCUCUGUGGACGGAUCCAGCUGUCACCCCAAGACUGCGUGCUUCUGGGAGUGGGCUGGAGCAUCAGGACAACGCCGACCCCCAGCUGAAUACUGCCCUGGUCUAA